ACAAGGCCGCAGGUGUGUCCGGGCUCGGUAGUCUGUUGGUGUCUGCGCCGCCGCUGCUGCUGCUGCUGCUGCUGCUGCUGCUUCUGCUGCUGCUGUUGCUGCUGGAAGUCACAGCAUUUGAUGGCAGCGUGUUGAUUGGCAAGCGACUUUAUACUACCGCUGGUGUAUGGCGCUCCGGCACCAAGCGAAGGCUGAAUCAUGACGAGCCAGGCAGAGGAAGGGGAAGGCGCCGAGGAAAGACGCCUGAGAGAGGACAGAGAACGCUUUGCUAACUGGAAGCGGUGGGGCCCCUACCUCAGCGAGAGGCAGUGGGGCACCGUGCGGGAGGACUACUCGCCCCACGGAGACUGCUGGGAGUACCUCCCGCAUGACCACGCCAGGUCGCGGGCGUACCGGUGGGGCGAGGACGGGCUGGCAGGUGUGUGUGAUCGCCAGGGUCGUCUGUGCUUCAGCCUGGCACUCUGGAACACUCGUGACGCCAUCUUGAAGGAGCGGCUCUUCGGCCUAACGGGACCCCAGGGCAACCAUGGCGAGGACGUCAAAGAGCUGUACUAUUACCUGGACGCCACACCCACACACUCUUACCUGCGUUACCUGUACAAGUACCCGCAGCAGGCUUUCCCCUAUUGCGACCUGGAGCACACGGCCGCGGCCAGGACCGUGCACGACCCUGAGUACGAGCUGGAGGACACCGGAGUCCUGUCCGCUGGGUAUUGGGACGUGGAGGUGGAGUACGCCAAGGCCUCCCCGAACAAUCUGCUGGUCGAGGUCACCGUCACCAACAGAGGCCUCAAAGAAGACACGCUCCACGUCUUGCCUACACUGUGGUACCGCAACACGUGGGUGUGGGGCUGCACACACGAGGGCUGCGGUCUCAAGCCCAAGCUGGAAGCUGUGGGCGCCACACGAGUGAGAGGAUGGCACGAGUCGCUAGGAAACUACCUGUGGGCAGUAGACCAGAGCGGAAAAGAGGCGCCGCUGCUCUUCACGGAAAACGAGACCAACACCCGGAAACUGUUUGGCGUGGACAACUACACACCUUACGUCAAGGACGCUUUUCAUCGCUACCUCAUUGACGGAGAGAAGUCAGCAGUAAACCCAAAGUCACGGGGCACCAAGGUGUGCGCUCACCACGUGGUUACUCUACCCCCCGGAGCCUCAACCACCCUGCGGUCCCGGCUGUGGCAGGCGGACGAGCCUCCACUUGAUCUGGGAACGCACGAGUCACCAGUGUUCGGCGAGGCUUUUGCCGCCAUUAUGAAGCAGAGAAAGCAGGAGGCGGAUGUUUUCUACAGCAGGGCGUUGAGUCCUCGCCUGAACGCAGAGCAGCAGCUGGUGGCCCGCCAGGCGAUGGCUGGCCUGGUGUGGACCAAGCAGUUCUACCACUACAUAGUGAAAGACUGGCUGGGAGGCGACCAGCACCAACCGCCACCACCAGAGUCCCGCCGCUCAGGGAGAAACAGUGACUGGGGCCACUUGUACAACCGUGACAUCAUCUCUAUGCCAGACAAGUGGGAGUACCCAUGGUACGCGUCGUGGGACCUCGCCUUCCAUGUGGUCGCCAUGGCCAUCGUGGACACUGACUUCGCCAAGGAUCAGCUGCUGCUCUUCCUACGCGAGUGGUACAUGCAUCCCAACGGCCAGAUACCAGCCUACGAAUUCGCGCUGGGGGACGUGAACCCUCCCGUGCACGCGUGGGCCGUUAUGAACGUGUUCCGCGGCAGUGCUCCAAGGGGCAGCAGGGACACUACCUUCCUCGCCCGUGCCUUCAACAAGCUCUCUCUUAAUUUUACGUGGUGGGUGAACAGAAAGGAUCCCCACGGCAGGAAUCUGUUCGGUGGGGGCUUUCUGGGUCUUGACAACAUCGGGGUGUUUGACAGGUCGCGGCCCCUCCCAGUGGCGGGGCAGCUGGAGCAGGCUGAUGGCACAGCGUGGAUGGCCUUCUUCUGCGUCACGAUGCUGGACAUGGCGCUGGUGCUGGCGGAGAGGGACCCGGUGUACGAGGACAUGGCAUCAAAAUACUUCGAGCACUUCAUCCUCAUUGUGGACGCCAUCAACUGCUCGGGGCAGGGGCGCGGGCUGUGGGACGACGAGGACGGCUUUUACUACGACUACAUUAGGAAGCCAGACGGAUCCUCUAUGCCCCUGAAGAUUCGCUCCCUGGUUGGCCUGGUGCCGCUGUUCGCCGUGCUGGUACUGGUGCGGGACGAGGUGAGCGCCUUGCCAGGGUUCUACAAGAGGGCGAGUUGGCUCAUUCAAAACCGUCCUGACCUCGCCUCCAGGGUGACCUUCAUGAGCGAGGAUGGAUCUGACAGAAUGCUGCUCGCGGUGCCCACCAAGGCGCAGCUGCUGAGUCUCCUGCGUUACCUGCUGGACGAGAGCGAGUUUCUCUCCCCUCACGGCAUCAGGUCUCUCUCCAAGGUGCACCAGAAUUCCCCCUUCGUGCUGGACAUCGGAGGGCAACGCCAUGAGGUGUCCUACGUGCCGGGGGAGUCCGACACUUACCUCUUUGGCGGCAAUUCCAACUGGCGGGGCCCGAUCUGGUUCCCCAUGAACUUCCUCAUCAUCACGUCCCUCAAGCGGUAUUAUUUCUUCUAUGGCAAGGGACUGCAGGUGGAGUGUCCCACGGGCUCCGGAAACCUUAUGAAUCUGGAAGAAGUGUCGGUGUUCCUCGCCCGCCGCCUCGUGUCGCUCUUCCUGCCAGGCCCCGACGGUGCUCGCCCCUGUCACGGGGCCAGCAAGCAGUACCGAGACGACCCAGCGUGGCGGGACCUGCUGCUCUUCCAUGAGUUCUUCCAUGGCGAGAGUGGCCGGGGCUGUGGCGCCUCCCACCAGACGGGCUGGACCGCGCUAGUGGCCAACUGCCUCAACAUCACCCUCGGAUAUUCCCACGCUGGUCUUGGCCGCUACUCUUACACGCACUGAUCACCGCCAGUCUUACGCUGCAUUCAAACUGGAUAUUCACACUCUGUUAUCCUUACCGAAGAAGUCAACUGAUACGAUGAAUUUACGGUCUCUCUCCAGCUGACGAAACUAAUUUUUGUCUAAGUAACAUUGCAUAUACUGUCUCAAUUCAUUCUCUUAAACUAUCUUUGCAUAAUUGUUACGUAAAACGCCCAACCCAUUAUGUUAAUAGAUAUAUAUUUGAUUGCCGCAGUAAUGACGGGUAUGCCAAUGAAGCAAGCCAGGUUACUUAACAGAAAAAUAGUUUCGUCUGCCUGAGUGAGAUGAAAGUAAAUAUGUAGUAAUACAAAAGUCUCUCUCUCUCUCUCUCUCUCUCUCUCUCUCUCUCUCUCUCUCUCUCUCUCUCUCUCUCUCUCUCUCUCUCUGUGGUCAUGUUUGCCGUCCCUCCUCCUCAACUACUCAUGUCACGGUAAUUACGCUUGUUUGCCAGUGUACACAAUUUUUUCCUUCCUUCUUAACUUUUAUUUUUCCUUUUUUUUCCACUUGAUUAUUUAAUGAACUUUUUACCCCCACCAUAUCUCUCUCUCUCUCUCUCUCUCUCUCUCUCUCUCUCUGGUAGUUAGCAUUGUUCUAGUGACGUCAUAAUUAGUAGAAGGGUUGAGGAUAGUGUAGUUUCGUCAUUCAGUAAAGAAAACGUAAAAAAGCUUAUGAAGUUUGGAAGUAUUACUCUCUGAUUUAGAAACAUAUUGCAGAGACUGAUAUGAUUGACUUUAUGUAGACGUAGAUUACAUAUAUGUAUGCAUUCGAGCAGCGUGUGUGAGGACCAGGGCUCAUAAGCUGUAGUGUUAUGUGGUAAUAAAAAUAUUUGUACGUA